UUUCGCGCUUCAUAAAUUUUUUCAUUUUUUUCAUUUUUUGUAAGUUUAGUUUAUCAUUCAUUAUUCAUUACUCGAGUUUUAAUAUUCAAAUCAACAUUUUUCAUUUUAAACUCCAUCUUCUAACGUAACCAUGAGUCUAAAAAUAUGUGCUAAUCUAUCCUUCAUGUUCACCGAAGCAUCAUCUCUACUAGAACGAUACGUGCUUGCAAAACAAUGCGGAUUUUCAGCGGUCGAAUGUGGAUUCCCGUACGAAUAUUCAAUCAACGAACUUCAACAAUCGAAAGAAUCAGCUCAACUAGAACAAAUCCUAAUCAACGUGUAUCCUGGAAAUAUAUCAUCUGGAGAGCUCGGUUUCGCAGCUAUACCUGAUAAAGUAACCGAAUUCCGGAACAGUAUCCAGUUAGCUGUAACUUACGCUAAAGCUCUGAAUUGCUCAAGAAUUCACGUAAUGGCAGGUAUAGUUCACUCUCCUACUACAGAAAACGACGACGUAUAUUUAACUAACCUAAAAUACGCUUCCGAGUUGUUCGAGAAAGAAAACAUCACCGGAUUGAUCGAACCUAUUAAUCCUCAUUUGGUGCCUGGAUAUUAUUUGAAUGAUUAUAAAAAAGCUGUAUCGAUAAUUAAAGAAGUCAAUAGUCCGUCCAUCAAACUCAUGCUGGAUUUAUUUCAUUUACAAAUGAUAACUGGUAAUUUAACGAAUAAUAUUAAAAAUCUACUCCCGUACACCGGUCAUAUUCAGAUUGCUCAAGCACCUCAUAGACAUGAACCUGAUUCCGUCGGUGAAGUUAAUUAUAAAUAUGUUUUCGGGCUACUUAAACAAUUGAAUUACGAUGGGUGGAUUGGUACCGAGUAUACUCCUGCAGCAGAUACUAAAAGUGGAUUGAAAUGGAUGGAUAUGUUGAAGAAUUUGGACUAAACUAGUCAUCGUUGAUUGUGUUUUCAGUUGGUAUUUAUAAUAUCACGAACAUGAGGCAAUCAACAAAUGUUAUCUAUAUUUUUUAAUGGGUUGAAAGGUUGUAAACGUUCAACCAUAUUUGAUAUCUUUAUUGGUAUUCUGUCUGUAGAAAGUCAUUAUGUAGUGAGCUAGCUCUGUUGUUUUCAGCAUCGUGAAAUGGUUCCCAUUGAUAUUAUACUCUUCGAUGGGUUGUGUGAAAUACUGCAAACAAACAAAAAAAAGAGUAAAACAUGAAUUUAUAAUUUACAAUUAUUAAUUUGAUACCUAAGAAUAUUAAUUAUUCGUUAGAUUUUUUGGGGGAAUAUUUUUUAAACAUUAUUUUGUUGAAUUUUUUAUUUAAAAUAAAUUCUGUAAUUUUA